UGGAGCUUUUACUCUUCAUCCAAACCCAACUAUUUUCUAUCUAUAUGCUUCACUAAAACUUUCUUUUUUAAAGUUGUAUCUAAACGAUUCCUAUCAUAGUACACCUUGCUAAAACAAAAUGGCUGCAAAUGAUGUUCAAUGUUGUGAGCCAAUGUUCUGGGUGUAUCUAGUCAUAUGUGUGGUUCUUGUGUGUUUUGCUGGACUCAUGUCAGGCCUUACCUUGGGACUCCUGUCUAUUAGCCUUGUUGAUCUUGAGGUCCUCGCCAAGGCUGGUCAGCCCCAAGAUAGGAAGAAUGCAGAGAAAAUUUUACCAAUCGUUAAGAACCAUCACUUGCUCCUAUGUACCCUACUCAUAAGCAAUUCAUUGGCAAUGGAGGCCCUGCCCAUUUUCGUCGAUGGACUUCUUCCUGCUUGGGGUGCUAUUUUGGUAUCAGUCACCCUUAUACUAGCUUUCGGCGAGAUUAUUCCUCAAGCUUUGUGUUCAAGGUAUGGGCUAAGUGUUGGUGCAAAACUCUCAUUCCUAGUUCGGUUGCUUGUCUUAGUCCUCCUUCCUAUAUCUUAUCCCAUUAGUAAGCUCUUGGAUUGGCUUCUUGGUGAAGGGCAUUCCGCACUUCUUGGACGGGCUGAGCUUAAAACAUUGGUAGAUAUGCAUGGAUAUAAGGCAGGGAAAGGUGGAGAAUUAACGGAUGAUGAAACUGCCAUUAUUACUGGAGCUUUGGAUAUGACACAGAAAACUGCCAAAGAUGCCAUGACACCCAUAUCUGACAUAUUUUCGCUUGACAUAAAUUCGAAACUUGAUGAGCAAACAAUGGGACUAAUAUUGAGCGAAGGACAUAGUCGUGUACCCAUCUACUCUAAAAUCCCCAUAAAUAUCAUUGGAUUUAUUUUGGUAAAAAAUUUGAUCAAGUUCCGCUCAGAAGAUGAAACCCCCAUUAAAGAUCUUAUUAUCAGGAGAAUUCCUAGGAUAUAUGAUUGUUUACCUCUAUAUGAAUUAUUGAAUGAAUUCCAAAAGGGUCACAGUCACAUAGCUGUUGUUAUAAAAAGUAAGAAGGAAGGUAUGGAGAACCCAGAAAAGGAAGCCAAUCCUAGCAUGAUCCAGUUAAACAUGAAUUUAAAUUCUAGUCAAAGACAUUUAGUUAUAAAAGGAAUCGAUCAGCACAGUGACCCCGAAAUUCAAAUGCCAACAUUAGAUAAUGUCAUGAAGCUCAGCAAUAGUUUAAGCCCACAUUCAAAAAAAUGGAAGCGAGGAGAUGGAAAAAUUUUAAAUGAAGAUUCGGGAUCUCUGCCAAAUUUAGAUGAAGAGGCCAUUGGUAUCAUUACAUUGGAGGAUGUUAUGGAGGAGCUGCUACAGGAGGAAAUUCUAGAUGAGACAGAUGAAUAUGUGGAUGAUCACAAGAAAAUUCACAUCAACACGCUACCUUCAAGAAUAUCACCAUUAAGAUCUCCUGCAGCAGCAGCAUCGGCUUCUCAUUUUCAAUGGCAGACUCCCGUGGCAUCCCCAUUUCAUUCGUAUUAUCAUACUCCUCUAUCUUCAAAUAACCAUAGUCCUAUACUGAAAUCACCAAUUUCCCCAUAUCUUCAAUUUUCUCCAUCUAUAAGACCAACUCUAUCUGCUUCCCCUGAAAAGGUCAUGCCAAAUUAUUCACCAAUAUAUGCAGGCGGUGCUCGCUACUCACCAUCCUUGCAUAAGGUUUCAAAGAAAUUAUAUGAGAAGCUGAGGCAGCCUGAUGGUCCAUAGAGUUCCAAAAGCUUCAAUGUGUUUGGUGUUUAAUAAAAGAUAAUAUGCUAAACUUGUACACGGGAAACAUUUAUCACCUACGAAGAAGACUUUCUUAGUCCAAAGUAAGGCAAUAUUUGUGUUUUCAAAAGAGAGAGAGAGAGAGAGAGAGAGAGAACAUUUGUGUCCAAAUAUGUAGAGGGCAAGUACGCCCUGUCAUGUUAACUGAAAAUGUCUAUCAACAUAAUUUUUAAGUUAGAUUACCAAAACUGUCCAAGUACAAAUAAGUCUAAUGAGAUACAACUGUUCAAUUAAUAUGCUAUGAUUGGUGUUAGAGUAAAGACAAUUUUAAUAGAAGACUCUUAUAAAAGUGAUGUUAUAUUAAUCACAAUUUAUUGCUUCACUGA